UGGUCCGCCAUCGGCCGCACCGCCGUUACCACCACCCUUGCCGGAUGCACGUCAGCUCUCACCACUCUUUUCGGUAAGCGCCUUCAAACAGGGCACUGGAACGUGAUCGACGUUUGUAACGGGUUGCUGGGCGGCUUCGCCGCCAUCACCGCCGGAUGUGCUGUGGUUGAACCUUGGGCCGCGGUGAUCUGCGGCUUCGUGGCGGCCUGGGUUCUGAUCGGGUUCAAUCGUCUCGCCGAGAGAUUUCAGUACGAUGACCCCCUGGAGGCCGCUCAGCUGCACGGCGGUUGCGGCUCAUGGGGGGUUCUCUUCGCGGGUUUGUUCGCGAAGAAGGAGUUCGUGGAGGAGGCGUAU